CUGCGCCCGGUUCCGCCAUUGCGGCUCUCCCGGCCCCUGGAGCCUCCGCCCCCGACCCGAGCUCUUUCGUCUGCCUGCCAGUUUCCUGCGUCCCCGGAGAGUAUCCUGCUGAGCCCAGCUUUCCCCUUCCCCCUCUCCUCCUCUCCCUCGGAGAGCCCGGGCAGCCACUGCCCCGCAGUCCCAGUGACAGGAGGAGACCAUACCCCCCGACAGCGCCAUGGCCCAGAUUCUGCCAAUCCGUUUUCAGGAGCAUCUGCAGCUCCAGAACCUGGGUAUCAACCCAGCAAACAUUGGCUUCAGUACUCUGACCAUGGAGUCAGACAAAUUCAUCUGCAUCAGGGAAAAAGUAGGAGAGCAGGCCCAGGUGGUAAUCAUUGACAUGAACGACCCCAGUAAUCCAAUUCGAAGACCAAUUUCAGCAGACAGCGCCAUCAUGAAUCCAGCUAGCAAAGUAAUUGCAUUGAAAGCUGGGAAAACUCUUCAGAUAUUUAACAUUGAAAUGAAAAGUAAAAUGAAGGCACAUACCAUGACUGAUGAUGUCACCUUUUGGAAGUGGAUCUCUUUGAAUACAGUUGCUCUGGUUACGGAUAAUGCAGUUUAUCACUGGAGUAUGGAAGGAGAGUCCCAGCCAGUGAAAAUGUUUGAUCGCCAUUCUAGCCUUGCAGGAUGCCAGAUUAUCAAUUAUCGCACAGACGCAAAGCAAAAGUGGUUACUUCUGACUGGCAUAUCUGCACAGCAAAAUCGUGUGGUGGGAGCUAUGCAGCUGUAUUCUGUAGAUCGGAAAGUGUCUCAGCCCAUUGAAGGACAUGCGGCCAGCUUUGCACAGUUUAAGAUGGAAGGAAAUGCAGAAGAAUCCACAUUAUUUUGUUUUGCAGUACGGGGUCAAGCUGGAGGGAAGUUACAUAUCAUUGAAGUUGGCACACCACCUACAGGGAACCAACCAUUUCCAAAGAAGGCAGUGGAUGUUUUCUUUCCUCCAGAAGCACAAAAUGACUUUCCUGUUGCAAUGCAGAUAAGUGAAAAACAUGAUGUGGUGUUCUUGAUUACUAAAUAUGGGUAUAUCCACCUCUAUGAUCUCGAGACGGGCACCUGUAUCUACAUGAACAGAAUCAGUGGAGAGACAAUCUUUGUAACUGCGCCUCACGAAGCCACAGCUGGAAUAAUUGGAGUAAACAGAAAGGGACAAGUUCUGUCAGUGUGUGUGGAAGAAGAAAACAUAAUUCCUUACAUCACCAAUGUAUUGCAAAAUCCUGAUUUGGCUCUGAGAAUGGCUGUACGUAACAACUUAGCUGGUGCUGAAGAACUCUUUGCUCGGAAAUUUAAUGCUCUUUUUGCCCAGGGAAAUUACUCAGAGGCUGCAAAGGUGGCUGCAAAUGCACCAAAGGGAAUUCUUCGUACUCCAGAUACCAUCCGUCGGUUCCAGAGUGUCCCAGCUCAGCCAGGCCAAACUUCACCCCUCCUUCAGUAUUUCGGAAUCCUUUUAGACCAGGGCCAGCUGAACAAAUAUGAAUCCUUAGAGCUGUGUAGACCUGUACUUCAGCAGGGGCGGAAACAGCUUUUGGAGAAGUGGUUGAAAGAAGAUAAGCUGGAAUGUUCUGAAGAACUGGGUGAUCUUGUGAAAUCUGUGGAUCCCACAUUGGCACUUAGUGUGUACCUAAGGGCUAAUGUCCCAAAUAAAGUUAUUCAGUGCUUUGCAGAAACAGGUCAAGUCCAGAAGAUUGUUUUAUAUGCUAAAAAAGUUGGAUAUACUCCAGACUGGAUCUUUCUGCUGAGAAAUGUAAUGCGGAUCAGUCCCGAUCAGGGACAGCAGUUUGCGCAAAUGUUAGUUCAGGAUGAAGAGCCUCUUGCUGACAUUACACAGAUUGUGGAUGUCUUUAUGGAAUACAAUCUAAUCCAGCAGUGUACUGCAUUCUUGCUUGAUGCUCUGAAGAAUAAUCGCCCAUCUGAAGGCCCUUUACAGACGCGGUUGCUUGAGAUGAACCUUAUGCAUGCCCCUCAAGUUGCAGAUGCUAUUCUAGGGAAUCAGAUGUUCACGCAUUAUGACCGGGCUCACAUCGCUCAGCUGUGUGAAAAGGCUGGCCUACUGCAGCGUGCAUUAGAACACUUCACUGAUUUAUAUGAUAUAAAGCGUGCUGUUGUUCAUACCCAUCUUCUUAAUCCUGAGUGGUUAGUGAAUUACUUUGGGUCCUUAUCAGUAGAAGACUCCUUAGAAUGUCUCAGAGCCAUGCUGUCUGCCAAUAUUCGUCAAAAUCUGCAGAUCUGUGUUCAGGUGGCUUCUAAGUACCAUGAACAACUGUCAACUCAGUCUCUGAUUGAACUCUUUGAAUCUUUCAAGAGUUUUGAAGGUCUCUUUUAUUUUCUGGGAUCCAUUGUUAACUUUAGUCAGGACCCAGAUGUGCACUUUAAAUAUAUUCAGGCAGCCUGUAAGACUGGGCAGAUCAAAGAAGUAGAAAGAAUCUGCAGAGAAAGCAACUGCUAUGAUCCUGAGAGAGUGAAGAAUUUUCUCAAGGAAGCAAAACUGACAGAUCAGUUACCACUUAUCAUUGUCUGUGAUCGGUUUGACUUCGUUCAUGAUUUGGUUCUGUAUUUGUAUAGAAAUAAUCUUCAAAAGUAUAUAGAGAUAUAUGUCCAGAAGGUGAAUCCAAGUCGACUUCCUGUGGUUAUUGGAGGAUUGCUUGAUGUUGACUGCUCUGAAGAUGUCAUUAAGAACUUAAUUCUUGUUGUAAGAGGUCAAUUCUCUACUGAUGAGCUUGUUGCUGAAGUUGAAAAAAGAAACAGAUUAAAAUUACUUUUGCCUUGGCUAGAAGCCAGAAUUCAUGAAGGCUGUGAGGAGCCUGCUACUCACAACGCAUUAGCCAAAAUCUACAUCGACAGUAAUAACAACCCAGAGAGAUUUCUUCGUGAAAAUCCCUAUUAUGACAGUCGUGUUGUUGGGAAGUAUUGUGAGAAGAGAGAUCCACAUCUGGCCUGUGUUGCCUAUGAACGUGGCCAGUGUGAUCUGGAGCUUAUUAAUGUUUGCAAUGAGAAUUCACUCUUCAAAAGUCUUUCCCGCUACCUAGUACGUCGAAAGGAUCCAGAAUUGUGGGGCAGUGUACUACUGGAAAGCAAUCCAUACAGGAGACCCCUUAUUGACCAGGUUGUACAGACAGCUUUGUCAGAAACUCAGGACCCUGAAGAAGUGUCAGUAACUGUCAAAGCUUUUAUGACUGCAGACCUUCCUAAUGAACUCAUUGAACUGCUGGAGAAAAUUGUCCUUGAUAACUCUGUAUUCAGUGAACACAGGAACCUGCAGAACCUUCUCAUCCUCACUGCAAUUAAGGCGGACCGUACACGUGUUAUGGAGUAUAUUAACCGCCUGGAUAACUAUGAUGCCCCAGAUAUUGCCAAUAUUGCUAUCAGUAACGAGCUGUUUGAAGAAGCAUUUGCCAUUUUCCGGAAGUUUGAUGUCAAUACAUCAGCGGUGCAGGUCUUGAUUGAACAUAUUGGAAACUUGGACCGUGCAUAUGAGUUUGCUGAGCGUUGCAAUGAACCUGCUGUGUGGAGUCAACUUGCUAAAGCCCAGUUGCAGAAAGGAAUGGUAAAAGAAGCCAUUGAUUCUUAUAUCAAAGCAGAUGAUCCUUCAUCCUACAUGGAAGUUGUUCAGGCUGCCAACACCAGUGGAAACUGGGAAGAACUGGUGAAGUAUUUGCAGAUGGCCCGUAAGAAGGCUCGUGAGUCCUAUGUGGAGACAGAAUUAAUAUUCGCACUGGCUAAAACAAAUCGCCUUGCAGAGUUAGAAGAGUUCAUCAAUGGGCCAAAUAACGCUCAUAUUCAACAAGUUGGUGACCGUUGCUAUGAUGAAAAGAUGUAUGAUGCUGCUAAGUUGUUGUACAAUAACGUUUCUAACUUCGGGCGCUUAGCAUCCACUCUGGUUCACCUGGGAGAAUAUCAGGCCGCAGUUGAUGGGGCUAGAAAAGCUAACAGCACUCGAACGUGGAAAGAGGUCUGCUUUGCCUGUGUAGAUGGGAAAGAGUUCCGUCUUGCUCAGAUGUGUGGACUUCAUAUUGUAGUACAUGCAGAUGAAUUAGAGGAACUUAUCAACUACUACCAGGAUCGUGGAUAUUUUGAAGAACUAAUAACCAUGUUGGAAGCAGCGCUGGGUCUUGAGCGAGCUCACAUGGGAAUGUUUACCGAAUUAGCUAUUCUGUAUUCUAAAUUUAAGCCACAGAAAAUGAGGGAGCACCUGGAGCUCUUCUGGUCCAGAGUGAAUAUUCCUAAGGUGCUGAGAGCUGCAGAACAAGCUCAUCUUUGGGCAGAACUGGUGUUUUUGUAUGACAAGUAUGAAGAAUAUGAUAAUGCCAUAAUUACCAUGAUGAAUCAUCCAACCGAUGCAUGGAAAGAAGGACAGUUCAAAGAUAUCAUUACCAAGGUUGCCAAUGUUGAACUGUACUACAGAGCAAUACAGUUCUACUUAGAAUUUAAGCCACUGUUGUUGAAUGAUUUGCUGAUGGUGCUGUCUCCACGGUUGGAUCACACUCGUGCAGUCAAUUAUUUCAGCAAGGUCAAACAGCUACCACUGGUGAAACCGUAUUUGCGUUCAGUUCAGAACCAUAACAACAAAUCUGUGAAUGAAUCACUGAACAACCUCUUUAUUACAGAAGAAGAUUAUCAGGCUCUCCGAACAUCAAUAGAUGCUUAUGACAACUUUGACAAUAUUUCCCUUGCUCAGCGUUUGGAAAAACAUGAACUCAUUGAGUUCAGAAGAAUUGCUGCUUAUCUCUUCAAAGGCAACAAUCGCUGGAAACAGAGCGUAGAGCUGUGCAAGAAAGACAGCCUUUACAAGGAUGCAAUGCAGUAUGCCUCUGAAUCUAAAGAUACCGAGUUGGCGGAAGAACUCCUACAGUGGUUUUUGCAGGAAGAAAAAAGAGAGUGCUUUGGAGCUUGUCUCUUUACCUGUUAUGAUCUUUUAAGGCCAGAUGUUGUCCUGGAAACUGCCUGGAGGCACAAUAUCAUGGAUUUUGCCAUGCCCUAUUUUAUCCAGGUCAUGAAGGAAUAUUUGACCAAGGUUGAUGCAAUAAAGGAAAAGGUGGAUAAAUUAGAUGCUUCAGAAUCUCUGAGAAAAGAAGAGGAGCAAGCUACAGAGACACAACCCAUUGUUUAUGGUCAGCCCCAGCUGAUGCUGACAGCAGGACCCAGUGUUGCAGUCCCUCCCCAGGCACCUUUUGGUUAUGGUUAUACUGCACCGCCAUAUGGGCAGCCACAGCCUGGCUUUGGGUACAGCAUGUGAGAAGGAAGCUGAUCCUGUAGUCUCCUAUUUUCGUCUCUACCCACUUCUCAGUUUAUAAACGGGGAAACAGGCAACGUGUUCUUGUAACCUUUAUUUCAUGAAGGACUACUUUUUUGUUUCUAACUAUAAACCUUGGAUCACCUAUGUUAAUACCUUAUUUCACAUUCCGCAUCAUUUUAGAAUUUAUUUUUAAAGGGGAAUAGUAUUCACGUGGGCUUUUUUCUUCCCCCUCAUUCUUUGAAGAACUGCUUAAUAUUCAAUCUGUCGUGAAGAACCUGAUUUUUGCACUCUGUAGUGUUUAAAGAGAGAAACUCUAAUAUUCAAUCUCUUAAAUUUAGUGUAUGUAAACAGCUUACAGUAUUGUCUAAACGCAUUUAAGUCUUUUAUUCAAAGAAAAGCUAAAGCAAAGAUACUGGUAUGUGACCACGCAAGACUGUCAAUGCCAACAAAGACAACACUAACUAGCAUAUCCUGCAAUGGAUUGUAGUGCUUUCCAAAUUAUUUGAAAAAUGCAUACGGACAACUUGCCUGAUUUUUAAAUGAGCAUAAAAGGCCCUCUAACCUAUGCAGGUUUCCCCAGUAUGCAUAUAGAAAAUGCUAGUGUGUUUUGCUCACUUCAUGUGUAACAGGUACCCUUAUGUUGUGCUGUAUCCUGUGCUUUUUCUGUGGGACCAUUCCAUUCAGGAACAAAAAGCACCAUGAUUCCACUCUUGUGUGUAUUUACUAAUCCUUCCCUGAGGUUUGUGUAUGUUGGAUAUUGUGGUGUUUUAGAUCACUGAGUGUACAGAAGAGAGAAUUCAAACAAAAUAUUGCUGUUCAUCAGUUUUGUUUGUGGAAUUUAAAAUUACUCCAAUUUAAAAUAAAUUACUGGACUGUGGAAAUAACAUGUAGAAUCGCAGUUUUAAUUAAAUACCUCUCAAACCAAAGAACAGUAGCUUUGAUAGUUUCAUGCUGGAUACUGAGGCAGUGCAGUAUAGGGAGGCAUAAGAGAAAUGAGGACUGGGGUAUGUGAGGACAUUAUGCAUUAUGUCUUGUUCAUCCUGUAGUUAAGAAGGUUAUGUAACAGACUGAAGGAUCAGUUACUACCAUACUGGGCUACUUUUCAGAUGUCUCCAACAUUUCAGUCAAGUGGCACUUUGGGUUUUUAGCUAAGCAUUUGACCGAGCUAAAUAAAUCGCAAAAAAUAUAUGUAUAUAUACACCAAUAGAUAGGUAAUUUUUUUUGAAGCAGGGUUUCUGCUAUGCAGCCCACGCUGGGCUAAAUUGAUACAUCUGCCUCAGCAGAUGGUUCUGGGAUUACAGGUGUGAACCACCACUUGUAUUUUAAAAAGCAGUAACAUGCUUUUACUGUAGGGGCCCAAAUAUGGGUAAUAUAAAUUGAUUUUAAACUAGUGUGAAAAUCCAAGGCAUUUGCUGAUGGCUGUGAAUGUUCAUUUGAUUAUCCCUUAUUCCUCACGGCCCACUGCUUGGUCUUGUAUUGCUCUACAACUCUCUUAGGCAAAUUAUCAUAAACGUCACAGGGGCUUUUAGAAACUUAAAAACUCUUCUACCUUCCCUCUUUUCCCCUCACUUUUUUUUUUUUUUCCUUUUGUCAGUACUGGGGUUUGAACUGACGCUUCACGCUUAUUAGGCAGACACUACUGUUUGCGCCACUUCACCAGCCCUUCCUCUCAUUUCUUAUCUUCCUAAAGUAAAUUAGUGUUUAGCUGGAGCUGGAAAUUCUUUCUAGUUUGUCAAAGUGCAGACUUCUUGCUGUUCAGGCCCUAGCUGUACCAGCUGUAACCGUGAUCCCUGGUAUCAUUAACAAAUGAAGAGGGAGAAAGAAUACCUCAUUCUUUUCUUAGGCUUUUCCUAUACUUGUGUGAUGAACCUGCUCUUUUCCCUCCCCUAACAGAAGUGAUUUGAAACACCUUGUUUUCUUACAGCUUACUUACAAAAUUUCUUUUUCAACAAAAAACCCUUGCUUUAAUCAUGUGCUGUAUUCUGUGAUGAUGAGGUGCCUUGUAAACCAUCAGUAAUGGCUACAAUAUAAACAGAAACCUCUGUAUUCAAAUCCUCAAUAAGCUGAACUUGAGCUUAUUUCCUUGUCUGUAUAUUAAUACUAAGUACUUUACAGAAUUAUCUGGCAAAUUACUUUUUUGUUUGAGAUACAUUGUCACUAGGUAGCCCAAGUUGGCCUCCAACUGAUGCACACCUCCUGGGUGCUGGGGAUUUCAGGCCUGGUCAGAUUAUGUUUAAAUCACAAAAAUGCCUAGCCCAGGACUGGGCUAUUGUGUGCAAUGGGUGGUAGAUAAAAUUGCUAAUAAACUGAAUUUUAAGCCAAGGAGCUUCCCUAACAUUACUACUGAAUUUAUAUUAAAAUGAAACUUUUAAAGCUUUAGUCCAUUUAAAUGACUAAUAAACUCACUGCAUGUUAAUGUAGAAAACAUGCAUUGCUUAUAUGGAAAACACUGAUUUACUGAUGUACGUUCUUCCAAAUGCUGACACAUUUUGUUAUACUUUUUAAAAAUCGUCACCACAUUGGUUUUGUUGCUUUUUCCCAGUGCUGGGGAUGGGAUCGAACCCAGGCUCUUGAGCAUGCUAGGCAAGUGUUCUACCACCACCCCCAAGUUUUAACUUUGGGGAGGUUUAGAGGAGAGAACAGAUACAAAUUUUCCAAAAUACUGUCAGUUGUCUCCCUCGAAGUUACUGGCUCCUUUUGUUUAUGAGGACAUGUCUGCCAAGCACCAAGGUUUGAAUGAACUAUCUUUCGACUUCCUGAAAGAAAAAGUGUUCUGUGAAACUAGUUGAGCUGAUGACUCAGUCACACAAGUCUUUUUUCCCCUUAAGACACCAACCAUACUUUGAUAUACAGCCAGAGUGUUUUAAAGACAAACAUGGGUUAAUCUUUUUACUGCUCUGUCAAGGAUAUUAAGUGAAACUGUUUACUGUGAGUGCACGAGAGUGAAGGACACACUGACUACUUGGAACAGGUAGAUCUUAUUCCAUUAGUGCAAAUGUCAACACGGGGGGAAAAAAGUAUCUUAAGAGUAUUAAUAGCCUUAUAUAGAUGCCAUGUAUUCUGCAAAGUAUAUACUUUGAAAACUAUAAAACUGAGUCCUAUAAAGUAAAUACUAAGUUUGGGUGAACUAGAAAAAUAGUAUGACAAAUAUUUGCAAUUACCAGAAUUUCUGUACUAUUCUAACAGAUAAGCCAUGACUUAUUACAGUUCCUUGAAUCAGCCACCCCAUACAUCCUGUUGGGAAUGCACUGACUUUGAAUAUGGAGCCAUCAGUCUCUCUGAGGCAAGCCUUCAGAAAUUACCUGAGCCAGAAACGUACUUCAACAGUUACGGGUUGUUGCAUCACUUUUGAAAACAUUCUGUUUAGAAACAGUUGCUACUGGUGGUAUCAUUCACAGUUGCAAUUUCUUCCAUGUUGUCUUAUACCAGUGUAUUAUAAAAUGUACCAACUUUUGAAACUGACCGUAGUCCACCCAGAGUCUUCAGUGACCUGAGGUCCCUUUUAAGUUGUGCCUUCAUGUUACUUAUGUUGACAUUUAACAACAGAAAAUGGGAGCAACUUAACACAUCAUUCUGUUUCUUAGGGAUAUACUGAAUUUAGAAAUCACUGUCAGAAUCCUCCUGGGCUUUCAAGAAGAAUGGAUUCUAGCAAGAAGACUAUCAGGAAGUUAUGUGGUUUGGGGAGUUAGGACCUUCUGCAUGUAUAUUCUGGGCAGCUAACUAAUUUAUUAUUAUGAUAUUAAGUGUAUGAAGAUCAAAGGAAGAGGGUGAAGGACAUGCCCUCAAAUAAAUGGUCAAGUUCCUUAAGUUCCAUGGGGAAAAAAAACAUUGGGGCUAACUACAUUCACUUCAGUUACUGUAAAUUCUUACAUGGGUCCAUCUGCAUCUUCCACACCCCUAUGGUCACAUCACAGCUUCAAUGGCUUCACUGUUGAAGGAAAGGGAAUGAAGUAAAGGAAUUUUCAUAGGCUGUGAGUUAGAACCACUGCUGAAAACCUUUGGCCACAAUGGAUCACAGGAAAUAAGCAAUAAACACUGUACAGGUAGCUAUGUCAACUUUGAAAUUUACUUUGAAACUCAAAAUGGUUACAUUUGAAACCAGGAGAUUCCACUGGGUGGCCAUACCAUGAUCUGUGCAGUAAAACCAGGUAUCAGUCAUUCAAAAAGCAACAGUAGAGAAACUGCAAUUUGAAUUCUGUGAGACCACCCAUGAAGCACCUCCUACACAGGUGACAGGAUAGUUUCAGGGAAAGGAGCUGUCAACACAUAAGUCAACACAGAUAGUAAAGUGGAUCUUAUAUAGGGAAAUGCUGUUAGCCAGUUUGUCAUGACCUGUUUUUCUCUCCUUCACUAUUU